GAGAGCCAGUCUUCAGAACGGCGGCUCAAAUGAACCGAUUCCAAAAGAUUCGGAUCCCAUGAAAGAGCCGAAACUCCAGUCACUAGGAGCUUCCUCGUUCCUCGUCAGUCCCCGGGCUCCUGUGGUGUGGGCGGAGGCGCGGGUCAGCUGACUGUCACACCGACCCCCGGAGCCUGAGGCCGGGCACAGUCUGCACUAGAGCCCGGGAGAUCGGAGCUGUGAGGCCGGGCAGUGUCGUGCUCUCCCCGGGCUGAGUGGAGCUGUAAGGCGGGUUCGUGGAGCUCGGAGCCCGGUUUGCCUGGAGCUGUGAGGGGGCUGGUGAGUGAGGAUCUCCCCGGGGCUCGGUUUAACCUGCGGCCGCCUGUGACGCUGCUUCCGCCGGGGCGUGUGAAGCUGAGAGGCCGGUGUGUGGAGCUUGAGGCCGGUCUGGAGCCUGAGUCUGGAGCCUGAGUCCGGGUUCGGGAGCACCAUGGCGGCUCUGGAGCUCUUCAUGCAGGGCCUGGCGUUGUUCGGCCUCGUGCUGUUCGUGGUUCUGUGGCUCAUGCACUUCAUGUCCAUCAUCUAUGUGAGGCUCCAUCUUCACCGUAAGCGUCCAGAGGUGAAGCAGCCGUUCGCUCAGUUCAGUGGAGUGUCUCUGCUGAAGCCGCUCAAAGGAGUCGAUCCAAACCUCGUGUCCAACCUCGAGACCUUCUUCACUCUGGACUACCCCAAGUAUGAGAUCCUGCUGUGCGUUCAGGACCAUGAUGACCCAGCGGUGGAUGUGUGUAAGAAACUGUUGGGGAAGUACCCGGGUGUGGACGCACGCCUCUUCAUCGGGGGGAAAAAGGUGGGCAUCAACCCCAAGAUCAACAAUCUAAUGCCCGGGUACGAGAGCGCCAAGUACAGCCUCGUGUGGAUCUGUGACAGCGGCAUCCGAGUGAAACCGGACACGCUCACUGAUAUGACCAAUCAGAUGACCGAGAAGGUGGGGCUGGUGCACGGGCUGCCGUAUGUCGCUGACCGCCAAGGAUUCGCCGCCACGCUCGAACAGGUGUACUUUGGCACCUCCCACCCGCGCUCCUACAUCUCAGCCAACGUGACGGGCAUCAAGUGUGUGACCGGGAUGUCCUGUCUCAUGAGGAAGGACGUGCUGGACCAGGCCGGUGGACUCGUCGCCUUUGCCCAGUACAUCGCAGAGGACUACUUCAUGGCCAAGGCCAUCGCAGACAGGGGCUGGAAAUUCUCGAUGGCGACGCAGGUGGCCAUGCAGAACUCUGGGUCCUACUCCAUCGCACAGUUCCAGUCCAGGAUGAUCAGAUGGACUAAGCUGAGGAUAAACAUGCUCCCGGGGACCGUCCUGGAGCCCGUCUCAGAGUGUUUCCUCGCCAGCCUCAUCAUCGGGUGGGCGGCGCACUACGUCUUCAGGUGGGACAUGAUGGUGUUCUUUAUGUGUCACUGUUUGGCCUGGUUUAUCUCAGACUACAUCCAGCUCACAGGAGUACAGGGUGGGGCUCCAUGCUUCUCUAAGCUGGACUUCGCGGUGGCGUGGUUCAUUCGUGAGUCGAUGGCAGUACAGAUCUUCCUGUCGGCGCUUUGGGACCCCAGGAUCAGCUGGAGAACGGGUCGAUACCGCCUGCGCUGCGGCGGGACGGCCGAGGAGGUGCUGGACGUCUGACACUUUUACAUAUUUAUUAUUUCACUUUUUUGUUUUGGUGCUAAACUGAAAAAAAACGCACACUUCAACCAAACUCCGCCCCUCUCCUCCUCCUCCAAUCACACGCUACCUCUGAACCACUCGACCAAUCACCAUCCAGGACACACACGCUGCACCCUCUCACCUCCUCUGCACCCUCUCACCUCCUCUGCACCCUGUCGUCCUCCUCUGCACCCUCUCAUCAUCAUCCUCCUCCUCUGCACCCCUGUCACCCUCCUCCUCUGCACCCCUCUCCUCCUCCUCCUCCUCCUCUCUACCCUCUCCUCCUCCUCUGCACCCUCUCGUCCCUGGGAGGAGGGGGGCGUGUUGUUGAAGGCUGUGGUUUAAAAUAAAGCACUGACCAAUCAGGUUUGAGCUGCUGCGCUCUGAUUGGAUGCUGAGAUCUCCUGCUGUGACAUAAACACUUUAAAGAAGAGAAGAUGACUGGAUCAUUUAAACGGAUAAACUGCUUUAUUUAUACAGAAUCACAGGUGGAGGCCGCAGGAAACUGGUCUGACCCAAAACACGAGGGCGGCCAUUUUGGGGCAGGCGCGGCUCAGGAGCCCGGGUCUAAAGGACUGAACCGGGGCCACUUUUUUAUUUAUGCCAAAAUCAAACCAGUUUCCUGUUUUUUUUUUUUUGUUUUUUUUUCCUGCCAAAACUGUGUGAUGUGAGCACUGAAUGAACUCCAGUAUUUUUGUGUCGCGACAUUUCAUCAAAAAAGGACCAAAAAAAAGCUGAGUGCGAGUGGCUCGGGUGAAGACGAGAGUCUGACGACGCCGCUGUCGCCGUGGAAACAUGAUUAUUAUUUUUAUUUGAUAAAUUAUCUGCUGUAGGUUUCGACCACACGCCUGUGUCCACUCAAUAAACUUUUAUUGUUAGAAAA